GUCACAACAACAUACAUCACCAGUGCCUCGUUACUCAGUCCUCAAACCCGACGACCCGUGGAGCCCUCGGGAGGAGACAACCUUCAAGGAAACUACACGCAAUAUAAGGAUGAUGAUUGGGAGCCGCUGCCGUUUGUCUUCAAUAUUAAGUUGUAGAGGAAUUAGAAGUCAAGCUGGCAGGCUAAGAAGAGAUAGUGCAUCGCCAAAUGAGCAAACAAAUAGUGAACAAUUCGAAUUAAUGGUGGAUGAGCUGCAUAAAUUGGAGGAGGAGACUAUCCAGAAGCAGCAGCACACAGAGAUCUCAAAAAAAUGUGCACACAAACCCAAAUCCAAGGACCAUAUAAAAAAUAUCAUGCCAGUGAGGAAUGGCCCAUUAUUAAAGCCCAUUACUCCUGAGGACCAGUAUGAGCACCUUUCUCAGCUCGUCACUCCACUCUGCCAGAAGGCAUACUUGAAGCAACUUAAGAUAAAAGAGCAACAAAUGUGCAAGAUAGUAAAAUUCUUGACCAAACGGCUUGGUGAUUACAAAGCACCAAUUGUAAGGACCACGAGGGGGCUUGCUUGUCAGCUAGAAUCACCCAGACCGUCACCUGAAUUGAUAGCCUAUCGCAACAAAGAUGAGUUUGGGAUCCAAGUUGGUGUUGAUGGCAACCCAAAAACUGUUGGUUUUUUUGUUGGACGACCUACCGACCCUCUGAUGGUGUGCAUCCCUCCUACCUACCUCAUCAAUAUAAGGGAAAGCCAUAAACACAUUGCUCGGAGUUUCCAGAAUUUUAUUCGUCAGUCUACCCAUAGAGCUUGUCUUAAAUUUGAUGAUGGUGGGAUAUGGCGGAGUAUAAUGGUGCGGUCAACUGAGAGUGCAGAAAAAAUGGUCACUGUUUACAUCCAUCCACAGCAGCUACCAGAGGAAGGAAUACAGGAAAUUAUGGAAGAGCUUCGAAAAUAUUUCUUUGAAGGGGAAGGAUCAGAGUGUGAACUGGAUUCACUCUAUCUUCAAGCAUGUAAGCAUACCCGCUGUACACGAGAGCAGGCGCCGUAUAGAUUGAUAGCUGGAAAGGAACACAUUACCGAGACCUGUUGUGAUUUAAAGUUCCAAAUAUCACCAGAUUCAUUCUUUCAAAUUAACACACAAGGAGCCGAGGUGUUGUACAGAACCGUGCAAGAAGUAGCAGAAGUUUCACCCAUCACUACAGUGCUUGAUGUAUGCUGUGGAACAGGCACCAUAAGUCUAGUGAUGGCACCACGUGUACGAGGAACCAUUGGCAUUGAUGAAAUAACUGGAGCUGUUGAAGAUGCAACAAAAAAUGCUCAAACCAACAAUAUUACAAAUAGUUCCUUCAUAGCUGGCAAAGCAGAAAAGAUACUUCCACGUUUAAGCCACUCCCUCAGACACUGUUCAGAUGUUCUUGCUGUUGUUAAUCCUGCACGUUCAGGUCUUCGUAAGUGCUACUAUCCUGAUGUCAUCCAAACUAUUCGCCAGUGUGAUGCCAUUAAUAAGUUGGUUUAUGUAACUUGUAAACCACAAGGAUUUGCAAUGGAAAACUUCAUAAAGCUCGGGACAACUGUGCGCACAAUGAACAAGAGGGAUCGAUCCGCUCCAUUUAUUCCAAAGUAUGCCGUUCCUGUUGAUUUGUUCCCACAUACCGACCACACAGAACUUGUUCUCUUAUUUGAACGAGUCGAUGCUUAAGACAAAAAAUUAUGGUUUACAGUACUUUAGAUCAAUUUUUAUCUGGCCUACCUACAUUUAAAGCCUAGAUAAACUCGAAUCAUUUUUCUACAAGGCUUUGCAUUUUGUGCACUUGAGCCUGUAUUAUCAGUACAGUAUAGUACAGGCUCAAGUAGAGGUUCUGGACAUAUACCAAUUUGAGAAUUUUUAGCAUGGGUGCAGUGAACAAUGACCACAUUACUUUAUCACUCACAUUAAGCACAGUAUGACCAAGCAUACUAGAGAUUUUAGCAUGUUAUGCCAACCCAUUCUUUAUAACGGUUUGACAUACAGGGGUCAAUGUAUUUAGUGUUCGGAACCUAAUUUUCCAUAGGCGAGAAAUUAGCUUUAUUUUCAAAGCUACAGUAUAUGUAGGAAAAUAUUGUGUUCACUUUAAAAACCAGUUUCUAAAUAUUAUUUUAUGUAAAUAAAUUUUUUGUUUGUAGACAAGGAAUUCAAGUGCUUAACUUCAGCACAUGUGUAGUAAAUGGAAUACAAGAAUUUGAAAAGCCAUUUUGAUAAUCUAAUUAAUCAUUAAAGAUUUUCUAGCACAUUGUACCUUAUUAGUGCAUAUGUACAGUUUCCUUUAAAUUCAAGUCUAAAGUUUCUCCAUUUAGUCAUAAUUUGCUACUGGCCUUUAUAUUAUUUAUCUGAUAGACUUUUAAGAACCACCAUUUGAAAGAUUAUGGUAAGGUCAGGUUAAAACACUAAGCAAGUAUGAUGCUAGUAUUUGGAAUGGAUACAAUGAUAAGAUGACAGCACUGUGUGAUGCCUUGGAUCAAACACUCGCCCUGCAAGAAGAAAGGUUGUCAUUCUGCUGACCUGUCCAAGUGGUUGGGUACAUUUUAAUGCAAUUUUUCCUAUAGAUGCAGUUGCCUGGACUGCAGGAAUGAAGUCAUGUACUUGAGUUAUCGAUUACUUAUUCAAUUUAAAGUCCUAGAGAGGGUUCUGGGAGUAAUACUCCAAGCCCGGCUUGAGGCCAGGCUUGAUUCGUGAUAACUUUGUCCAACAUGCUGUUGCUUGGAGUGGCCCACAUAUCUACCACAGCCUGGUUGGUCUGGUACUUCUUGCAAGAACUUAUCCAAGUGCCUCUUGAGUACAUCCGUCUUUGUUCUGGCAAUAUUUCUAAUGCUUGCUGGGAGUGUGUUUAAUAGCUGUGGACCCCUGAUGUUCAGUGUUCUCUGUGCCUAUGGCACAUUACUAGAUUCUGAAUCUUUGCACAUAAAUCUGUCUUGGCUCUAGAUUUACCUUAAGUCUUAACUAUUUUUUUUUUAUUGCAAAACAUUCAUAAUUGAUAUAAUGGCAAGAUAUUUGCCAGCACCUAAAGUUAAGGCAAUGCAGGUAAAGUUCUUGCUGAUGUAGUGCCCUUUCAGGAUAAACAACUUUAAGGUUGUCAGGAACAUGGAUGCAUGUACCACUAUUACUGUCCAUAAUACACAGAAAUCACAUUAUCAUGAUGAAUCCAUGAGAAAAGCCACAGGAGCUGUGAUGAGGAUUCAAACCUAAGCGCUGGGUAUUCCCAGAUACAUGCUCUAAAAGACUACUCAACAUUAAAAAGAAUUGCAACCUGGAGUACUACUGCACCCUCCUAGGAUUCUCGAGGCUUCCACUGAAGCCGAACAAUUUUUGCAUGACAACAUGAACAAAUGACAAAUUUUGUGUUUUCAUGUCAUGACGUAGUCGCUUAGCGUGUUCAUCUGGGAAUAGCCAGCUGUCACGAAAAGUGCACAGCUCUGGACCCACUGGCUCUCGUUACAUCUAUGAACUGCCAAUUACGCUGCUGGCUACUUGUUAGCCCACCUUGACAAAGGAUGUGAGGUCAUGUGGGUAUAAAUACCCGUGACCUCUCUCAGGGCUUUAGCCACUCAGGUGCUCAGGGAUUAAACAUUACUGCCUCAACGUGAUGCUCACCUCCAGAACUUCGUGUACAGGUUGUAGUGUUAAGUGUAAACAUUUUCAGUGUUGCCCUUGUUUGUGUUAACCCAAGUUUGUACACACACAUUAUUAUUGCUAGUGUGUGUUAGUUAUGCGUGUCAAGUCAUGUUUUUGUUUAUUUCACAUGUUAUUUGUUUAUCUUGUUAGAGUAAAUUGUCACAAUUUUU